AUGUCUCUUUUUUUCAAACAUCCGUUAGAUAUCGAGAUUCGAUUAGCAGGUGAAGACAAGCGCGAGCAUGUGGACAUAAAAACCGACAAGGGACGACGCGAGAGAUACCCACUUUACCUGGACGGCGAAACAGUCAAGGGCACUGUAACUAUUAGACCGCGUGAUGGAAAGAAGCUGGAGCACACAGGCAUUAAAGUGCAAUUUAUUGGCAGCAUAGAAAUGCCCAAUGACCGGGGAAGCCAUGACGACUUUUUAUCACUUGGCCAAGAGCUAGCAGCACCAGCAGAACUGCGCCAUCCAGAAACAUUUGACUUUGAAUUUAAAAAUGUGGAGAAGCAGUACGAGUCAUAUAAUGGUAUCAACGUAAAGCUCCGAUACUACAUUCGAGUGACCGUGUUUCGACGAAUGGCUGACGUUAUUCGCGACAAGGAUCUUUGGGUCUAUAGCUUCCGCAACACUCCAGACACAGUGUCGUCAAUCAGAAUGGAUGUGGGUAUUGAAGACUGUCUGCACAUUGAGUUUGAGUAUUCAAAGUCGCGAUAUCAUCUCAAGGACGUCAUUGUAGGACGCAUUUACUUUUUGCUGGUACGUCUUAAAAUCAAACAUAUGGAGCUGUCCAUUAUUCGACGCGAAACAGUUGGUACCCCGCCAAGUCAGCUCACAGAGUCGGAAACGCUUGUGCGUUUUGAGAUAAUGGAUGGUGCGCCUGUCCGUGGAGAAACUAUACCAAUCCGCUUAUUUUUGGGUGGGUUUGAUCUUACGCCAACUUUCCGCGACGUUAACAAAAAGUUUUCCACCCGCACAUUCUUGUCGCUUGUUUUAAUUGAUGAAGACGCACGCAGAUACUUUAAGCAAAGUGAGAUUAUUCUUUAUCGCCAAUAA